UUAUUUAAAAGUUCUAAUCAGUUCUUGUCUGGGGCUUUGGUCUUCCCUUUGAUUUCUUGGUAAGAGUUCCAUUCCUGUGGAAUCUGUAAACAGAAAUCUCUAUGAGCUAUCUUUUUUUUUUCCAGAUUGUUUUCAUCGGUAGAUGCUAGACUCAAAACAACUGAUUCUUUGUUGUUGAAAGAAGAAUGGGUUCUCUCUGUUCUAUAGCCAUGUUUCUUUCUUUUCUUCUGUUGUUUCUUGCCAAAAAAUCCUUGUCACAUCCUUUAUGUAAUGAUUUGACUGCACCGUUUAAUCUGAAGCAACCGCUAGGUUUUUGUCAAUUCAAUGGAAGUGUAUGCUGUAACUCCCUGGAAGACUUGAAGUUGCAGAGACAGUUUAAAGCAUUCAAUGUAUCUGGCAGAUGUUCUCCACUUCUCAAAUCAUUACUUUGCUCGAAGUGUGAUCCUUUCGCAGCAGAGCUUUUCCGCGUUGAGUCAGAAUCUAGACAAGUUCCUGUGCUCUGCAACUCCACAGUUUCUUCUAGUAAAUCAACACAAUCGCUAGCCGACAUUGAUUUCUGUGCCACAUUUUGGAAUGAAUGCCAGAGUCUCUCUGUAACCAACACUCCGUUUGCAUCUCAAGCUGGAGAUGGAGGCAACAUCACUUCCACAAUAUCUGAAAUAUGGAAAUCAAGUAAUGACUUCUGCAAGAUUUUUGGUGGAGCUUCAGAUGAAUCCUCUGUGUGCUUCAAUGGUCAGGAAGUUUCAUUUAACGUUUCAAAAGUUACUGGUCCAUCAUCUCCUUCAGGCAUAUGCAUCGAGAAGAUUGGAAAUGGGUCUUAUCUUAACAUGGUACCUCAUCCUGAUGGUUCUAAUCGUGUCUUUCUGUCUGAUCAACCCGGGAAGAUAUACUUGGUGACAGUUCCAGCUCAAGGAUCAGGAGAACUUUUGAAAAUAGAUGAAACUAACCCGUUUCUUGAUCUUACUGAAGAAGUGCACUUUGAUGCUGAGCUUGGUCUCCUAGGAAUAGCUUUCCAUCCUGACUUCUUGAAAAACGGAAGAUUCUUUGCUUCUUUCAACUGCGAUAGAGUUAAGUGGCCCGAAUGUUCUGGAAAAUGCGCGUGCAACUCAGAUAUUGACUGUGACCCUGCAAAGCUAGAUUCUGAUAAUGGAGCAACUCCAUGUCAAUACCAUAGUGUCAUAUCAGAAUUCUUUACCAAUGGGACGUAUGUUAGACCGGUGGAGGUAAGAAGAAUCUUUACAAUGGGUCUUCCUUUUUCAUCGCAUCACGGUGGACAGAUCUUGUUCGGACCUAAAGAUGGGUACUUGUAUUUCAUGAUGGGAGAUGGAGGAAGUAAAGGAGACCCAUACAACUUUGCACAGAACAAGAAAUCAUUGCUUGGGAAGAUCAUGAGACUUGAUGUUAAUAAUGUUCUUGAUGCAAAAGCGAUGAAUGAGUUUCAGCUAUGGGGAAACUAUUCUAUACCAAAGGACAAUCCGUUUUCUCAAGAUAAGAAUCUGCUGCCUGAAAUAUGGGCCAUGGGAGUAAGAAAUCCAUGGCGAUGCAGUUUUGAUUCAGAGAGGCCGUCUUAUUUCCUUUGCGCAGAUGUUGGAGAGGACCAAUAUGAAGAAGUUGAUAUGAUUACUAAGGGAGGAAACUAUGGUUGGCAUUACUACGAGGGAACUUUGCCAUUUCAUCCCUCGAGUUCUUCUAAUAUCAGCAACUCAACAACAAAGAUUGAAAAUCCGAUCUUCCCGGUAAUGUGGUACAACCAUUCAGACAUAAACCAACAAGAAGGAUCAUCAGCAUCAAUAACUGGCGGAUACUUUUACCGUUCCUCCACUGAUCCAUGCCUUUAUGGAACGUAUCUCUUUGCAGACUUGUACGCUGGAAUGAUUUUUGGUGGAGCUGAAACUCCAGUUGGUAGUGGAAACUUCACGAGCUCUCAUAUUCCGUUACAAUGCGCUUCGGAUUCGCCAAUCCCUUGCUCAUCUGAAACAGAACCUUCCUCUUCUUCGUCUCCACCAAUUGGCUUUGUAUUCUCCUUUGGAGAAGACGACAAUAAAGACAUAUACUUACUUGCAAGCACUGGUGUUUACAGAAUCGUUGGCCCGAGCCGCUGUAACUUCCAUUGCUCUCUUGAAAACACAACGUCCUCACCUCCUUCAAAACAGCCUGAUCGUUCUCCACCGUCUUCGUCAUUUUCUAAAAAACUACACAACAUUGGUACUCUUGUUGUAAAUUACUUAGCUUGGUGUGUUCUUUUGGUAGUUAUAUAGAGAAAAAAGAACAUGUUCGUACAGAAACAGAAGCACAUAUUUAACGUAAUUCUAUUGAGACA